AUGGGUAUGCGCAAGGGGCUACAUAUCAUUUCUACGGACUUCAGUGAGACUGUUGAAGACCAUGGUGAAGCCAAUGUUGAAGACCAUGGUGAAGCCGAUGUUGAAGACCAUGACACUUAUGACAAUGUUGAAGACCAUGGUAAAAUGCAAGGUUGCCAAUCAAAUUCUCAUGAGGGUAAUGAGUAUAUGAAAUUAAGAGAACUUACGAUUCAGGAGAAUAAUAAAAGACUAAGAGAAUUAGGAAUUAAAAACAUCAUAAAUUCUCAGGCUAGUUUGGAAGAAAGUCAAAAAAUGAAGAAAAAAACAGUGAAAAAGCAAAACCGUCCACAAUAUAUUCCACCGAUGUCUUCAAAUAGAGUUGCUAAUAUAAUGAAGCUACGUCGAGUCGUUGCUCCAAAUGUCUCUCAAAAGCUUCCAUCAACUUCAAAUGCAACAAAACCAACAGUUACCAUGAGUGAAAUAAUCAAAGGUAAUAAAGAAGGAGCAAAGAAAAAGCUGGUUCUUGUUGAUGAGGAUGAUGAGAUGUUUCAAGAAGCGGAUAUAGAAGUGGAUGAUGUUGGUCAACAUGUGAUACGAAUGGCAGAUCACGACUAUUCUAACGAUGAAGACAAUGUUAAUGAACAAUUACAAGGCCCGGAAAAACAAAAGGCAACAAGUUCUAAUAUAAAAGGUAAUAGUAUAGGUAGGCGUAAGAGGCUACAUAUCACUUCUACAAUCUCAACUGAGCGUGUUGAAGACCAUGUUGACGACGACCAUGAUGAAGACCAUCAAGUUUUUGAAACUCAAGGUCAUCAAGCUAGUGAAAUACAAGGCGCUCCUAAAAGGGUUAGAGGCUAUACAACAAAAGCUGAAAUUUGGAAGAUGGAUAGUACAAAAAGAAUAGCUGUCACAUUCAACAAGUAUGGAAAGCCUGUUGGGGCUGAAGCUAAUGAACUUGUUCAAUUCCUUGGUACGCUCGCGAGGAUGGCUGAUCAUGUAUCCAUAGAAUAUUCUGACUGGAGGAAGGUUCCAAUACAAAAAAGGGAGGACAUGUAUUCACUCGUUAAGUCUAAAUUUGUUAUUCAUCCAAAUGAAACAAACGAGAUUAAAAACUGGAUCUUGACUAGCAUCGGAAGAAAAUGGAAAGAGUGGAAAGGUUCGUUAAAGGCAUGUGCAUAUGAUCCAAGCCUUAGUGUUGAUGAAAUUGUGGCACAACAAGUUAAAAAUGACGACCGAGUGAAUCCAACUCAAUUUAAAGAACUUGUUACUCGUUGGUUCACUUCGGAAUAUCAGAGUACAUGCGGUGUUAAAAGAUUGAGCCGCUCAAAGAUGAAGGAGCCUCAUGUCAGCGGGACAAAGUCUUUUGCUAGACUUGCCCAUGAAAUGGCCGCGGAGAAUAAUGGUAUACAUCCAACACGAGGAGAAAUGUAUAUAAAAACUCGCACUCGUAAAGAUGGAAGCAUUGUUGAUGAUAACGCUACUCAAGUUGUGGCUUCAUUAAAAAAAAUUACAAAUGACUCUACAAUCACACCCGGCGAUCCAGAUGAUUUUAAAAAUGAUGACUACUCAAAAGUUAAAGGCCCGGAGAAAAGAGGAUAUGUUCGAUUAGUUGGAAGGAUGCCAGCCGCAAAAAGUAAUGGUGCUUCUUCGACAUAUGCACAAACUAAUGAUCAGCUAAAGAGUGUUAUCCAAACGAACGAGCAGUUAAAGAGUGUUGUCAAUGCUAUGGCUAUCAUUUUCCAAGAACAUAUCCCCAACGCGAAUUUGUCUUCGGUUCUUAGCAAUAUAAACAUGCAGAUCCCCGGUAUUGGUUCUUUGGUCCAUAACAAUUCUUUACCGGUUAACGAAAUAUCAUCUUCAAGAAGUCAAUAUGAUAAUGGCUAG